AGUCUGUAAGUUGGUUGGAUGGCUUUCUACACGGCGGCCCCCCUAACCUCAGCUGGGAUCCUACCUGUGAUGCAGUCCCUGUGUCCAGAUGGCCAGCGGGAUGAAUUUGGCUUUCUACAGUACUCCAAUUCCACGGUGACACAGCUCCUCGAGCACCUCAGUGAAGUGGUGGAGCAAAGUAACUUGUUUGACCCAGACCACCCAGGCCUGGAAGAGGAGUUGGAGUCCCUGCGUCGGCGCCUGGAGGCCCUCAGCAGCAGUGAGCCCAGCUCAAUGGAGACUCACUUCAGCAGCCAGGCAGGAUCUGACUUCACCCUUGCGUGGGCAGCCAAGGACCGGGGUGAACUGCACCAUUUCCUCACGCAGAAUCUGUCCCUUCCCAACAGCACAGCUGAGCUCCUCCUGGGAUCCAGUAUCGACCUCCGGGAGGUGUACCACCUUUAUUUUGGAUCUUCUCCUUCAGCAUCUGACAACACCCAUGAGAGACAUCUGUGGGAUCGGUUUGGCCCCAGUGAGAAGAUCAUGAAGCUAGAGAAGAGCCUUCCCAGUGGCUGGAGGACCCUGCGGGAAGGGUUGAUACACAAGGCCUUGCGCGACCCCUCCAGAGCCUCACACAGGCAGACCCUGCUGCACCUGCUCUCACAAGCUCUGGGCCUCGCCAGUGCCACCCCGGGACCCGCCGAUUCCUACAACCCCCAGGCCUUCGUCACAGAGAUGGAGAAUAUUGUCUUCACGGCACCAGUGCUGGAGCACCUCACAUGCGACCAGAGCCAAGGGGGGCUGCAGCAUCUUCUCCAUGUAGCCCCCAGCCAGCAGGCACUGCUGCAGGCCUACCGGGUGCUGGUGUGCAACGGGAGCCAGGUGGCCCGUGAGGAGCGCUUUGCUCAGCUGGCCACUGAGCUCAAGGAUCAGCUGGAUGCCCGCAAAAUCGUCAGCAGGCUGAAGCUGGAUGAGGUGAACAGCACGGCCACCCAGCACCGGCUCCAUGCCCUCCUUGAGGACCUCAUGGAGAUGGAGAAGGUUCUCCAUGAUAUGGAUAUUCUCUCAGCUUUGGCUAAGCUGCUGCCCAAAGGAGCUUGUGCCAGCAAGGCCCCGCCACCCACUGCCAACAGCACUGGCUGGGCCAGUGGCAACGCCACGGCAGGUGGCAACACCACAACAGAGGAGGAGAGCAAUAGGGAAGAGGAGCCAGGCGGUGAAAACCCACAGGGGCAGUUCUCAGCCUUCGUGCAGCUGUGGGCUGGGCUGCAGCCCAUCCUGUGUGGGAACAACCGGACAAUUGAGCCUGAGGCACUGAAGCAGGGCAACAUGAGCUCUCUGGGCUUCACCAGCAAGGAGCAACGAAACCUGGGCCUCCUUGUACAUCUUAUGACGAGCAAUCCCAAAAUCCUCUACGCGCCUGUGGGCACUGAAGUAGACAAGGUCAUCCUGAAGGCCAACGAGACCUUUGCUUUCGUGGGCAAUGUCACCCACUAUGCCAAAGCAUGGAUGAGCAUUUCCCCUGAGAUCAGGACCUACCUGGAGGAGGGCAGGCUGCAGAGACGCAUUCGCUGGCUUCAGCAGUUCACAGCUGACCUCCACAAGCACCCAGAGAUCCUGAAUGUCUCCAACAGCAACCUUCUUCACAGCUUCCUCAAUGGCAACUUUUCCCUGCCCAAUGCCAGUGUUCUGCUCCAGCAGCUGGACACCAUCGACAAUGCUGCCUGCGGCUGGGUCCACUUCAUGUCCAAGGUCAGUGUGGACAUCUUCAAGGGCUUCCCGGAUGAGGAGAGCAUUGUCAACUACACACUGAAUCAGGCCUAUCAGGACAACGUCACUGUCUUUGCUAGCGUCAUCUUCCAGACCAACAAGGAUGGUUCGCUCCCCCCUCAUGUCAUGUACAAGAUUCGGCAGAACUCCAGCUUCACUGAGAAAACCAAUGAGAUCCGACGAGCCUACUGGCGGCCUGGCCCCAAUACUGGUGGGCGCUUCUACUUCCUCUACGGCUUUGUCUGGAUCCAGGACAUGAUGGAGCGUGCCCUCAUCAACAUAUUUGUUGGCCACGAUGUCGUGGAGCCUGGCAAUUACGUGCAGAUGUUCCCAUACCCCUGUUAUACCCGGGAUGACUUCCUCUUCGUUAUUGAGCACAUGAUGCCCCUGUGCAUGGUGAUAUCCUGGGUGUACUCUGUGGCCAUGAUGAUCCAACACAUUGUGACAGAGAAGGAGCAUCGCCUGAAAGAGGUGAUGAAGAUGAUGGGCUUGAACAAUGCAGUGCAUUGGGUGGCUUGGUUCAUCACUGGCUUCGUACAGCUCUCCAUCUCAGUCACAGCUCUCACUGCCAUCCUAAAAUACGGCAAAGUCCUGAUGCACAGUGAUGUCCUCAUCAUCUGGCUCUUCCUCGCCAUCUACGCUGUGGCCACCAUCAUGUUCUGUUUCCUGGUGUCAGUGCUCUACUCCAAGGCCAAGCUGGCCUCAGCCUGUGGCGGCAUCAUCUACUUCCUGAGCUACGUGCCCUACAUGUAUGUUGCCAUCCGGGAGGAGGUGGCACACGACAAGAUCACAGCCUUUGAGAAGUGCAUUGCGUCCCUUAUGUCGACCACGGCCUUCGGUCUGGGCUCCAAGUACUUUGCCCUGUACGAGGUGGCUGGUGUGGGCAUCCAGUGGCACACCCUCAGCCAGUCACCCGUGGAAGGAGAUGACUUCAACCUCUUGCUGUCCAUGAUGAUGCUGAGCAUAGAUGCAGUGGUGUAUGGGGUGCUCACGUGGUAUAUCGAGGCCGUGCACCCGGGUAUGUAUGGCCUGCCGCGGCCCUGGUACUUCCCUUUCCAGAAGUCCUACUGGUUGGGGAAUGGACGAGUGGAGACAUGGGAGUGGACCUGGCCCUGGUCUCGCACCACCCGCCUCAGCAUCAUGGAGGAGGACCAGGCCUGUGCCAUGGAAAGCAGGAGACUGGCAGAGGAGACGCGGGGCAUUGAGGAGGAGCCAUCCCACCUGCCAUUGGUCGUUUGCAUUGACAAGCUCACCAAGGUCUACAAGACAGAUAAGAAGCUGGCGCUGAACAAGCUGAGCCUCAACCUCUAUGAGAACCAGGUGGUGUCUUUCCUAGGACACAAUGGCGCAGGCAAAACCACCACCAUGUCCAUCCUGACUGGCUUGUUCCCUCCAACAUCGGGUUCUGCUACCAUCUAUGGCCACGAUAUCCGGACAGAGAUGGAUGAAAUCCGGAAGAACCUGGGCAUGUGUCCGCAGCACAACGUGCUCUUUGACAGGCUGACGGUGGAAGAGCACCUCUGGUUCUACUCACAGCUCAAGAGCAUGGCAGAGGAGGAGAUCCGCAAGGAGAUGGACAAGAUGAUUGAAGACCUGGAGCUCUCCAACAAACGCCACUCCCUGGUGCAAACCCUCUCAGGUGGCAUGAAGAGAAAACUGUCAGUGGCUAUAGCCUUCGUGGGUGGAUCACGGGCCGUAAUCCUGGACGAGCCCACGGCUGGUGUCGACCCAUAUGCACGCAGGGCCAUCUGGGACCUUAUCCUCAAGUACAAGCCAGGGAGGACCAUCCUGCUCUCCACACACCACAUGGAUGAAGCUGACUUGCUGGGUGACCGCAUUGCCAUCAUAUCCCAUGGCAAGCUCAAGUGCUGCGGCUCCCCGCUGUUCCUCAAGAGCACCUAUGGUGACGGUUACAAGCUGACAGUGGUCAAGAGGCAGUCAGAUACCAGAAACAGCACAGAGUCAGGCCAGCCACAUAGUCCUCCGUCCCACUCCUCCGUCAGCCCCUGCUCUGAGCCACGUGUCUCCCAGUUCAUCAGGAAGUAUGUGGCCUCCUGCCUCCUCAUCUCGGACACCAACACUGAGCUCUCCUACAUCCUGCCCAGUGAGGCUGUCAAGAAGGGCUGCUUCGAGAGGCUCUUCCAGCACUUGGAGCAGAGCCUGGAGGAGCUGGACCUGACCAGUUUUGGGCUGAUGGACACCACGCUCGAGGAGGUCUUCCUCAAGGUGUCUGAGGAGGACCAGUCUCUGGAGAACAGUGAUGCUGACAUGAAAGAGUCCAAGAAGGAUGCCAUGCAGCCACCUGCCCCUGAGUUGGGCCCAAAGCCUGAGGCCAAUGGGGAACCCCUUGCAGAAGCAGAAGUGCCUGAGAAGCCGGAGGUGGAGCUAAGCAACCUGGUGACCUGCUCCAGGCUUACCCAGUCGCAGGCGUCCCUGCGCUCAGCCUCUUCGGUGGGCUCCGUGCGGGGUGAUGAAGGUGGGGCUUAUUCGGAGUUCUUUGGGGAUUACUCUCCGUUGUUUGAUAAUCGGCAAGACCCUGAUAACAUCAGUCUGCAAGAUCAAGAGGCUGACAUGGAGGCAGAGGACCAUGACCUGGCAGGACAGGGGAGCUUUAAGCUGGAGGGGUCAUGGCUGAAGCUGCGGCAGUUCCACGGGCUGAUCGUCAAACGCUUCCACUGUGCCAAGCGCAACACCAAGGCCCUUUUCUCACAGAUCCUUCUGCCUGCCUUCUUCGUCUGCGUGGCCAUGACUGUGGCACUCUCCGUGCCUGAAAUAGGUGAUCUGCCUCCUCUCAUCCUCUCACCCUCUCAGUACCACAACUACACUCAGCCCAAGGGCAACUUCAUUCCUUAUGCCAACGAGGAACGGCGUGAGUACCGCAUCAGGCAGUCUCCUGAUGCCAGCCCCCAGCAACUGGUGAACACCUUCCACCUGCCCUCAGGCGUGGGUGCCACAUGUGUGCUCAAGACCGCCUUCAACAACACACUGGACCAGCACAUGCAGACCCUGAACCUCAACAGCAAUGAGUCCAAGAUGCUGGCGGCCAAGUACUUUGAUGCCAUGUGCAUUGACUCCUUCACACAAGGCCUGCCACUCUCCAACUUUGUGCCACCACCUCCAUCCCCAGCCCCAUCUGACUACCCCAUCUCGGUGGAUGAGGACCUGCUCCGUGCCUGGAACUCCACGACCUUCUCCUCUGCCAUCAAAGAUGCUGUCACCUCAGCCCCAGCCCUGCCCCGAAUUAUCCAUGAGCCCAUCAAGUGCACGUGCUCCAUGCAGGGGACUGGCUUCUCCUGCCCCAGCGGUGUGGGAGGGCAUCCCCCACAGAUGAAGGUCGUGACAGGGGACAUCCUGGCAGACAUCACUGGGCGCAACGUCUCUGAGUACCUACUCUACACCUCGGACCGCUUCCGGCUGCACAGGUAUGGGGCGCUCACCUUUGGCAAUGUCCAGAAGGCCAUCCCAGCCUCUUUUGGGGCCAGGGCUCCUGCUAUGGUGCGCAAGAUAGCUGUCCGGAGAACAGCCCAGGUCUUCUACAACAACAAGGGCUACCAUAGCAUGCCCACCUAUCUCAACGCACUCAACAAUGCUAUCCUGCGGGCCAACUUGCCCAAGAGCAAAGGCAACCCUGCUGCUUACGGUAUCACCGUGACCAACCACCCCAUGAACAAGACGAGUGCCAGCCUGUCUCUGGAUUACCUCCUGCAAGGCACGGAUGUAGUGAUUGCCAUCUUCAUCAUCGUAGCCAUGUCCUUCGUGCCAGCCAGCUUUGUGGUGUUCCUUGUCGCUGAAAAGGCCACCAAGGCCAAACAUCUACAGUUUGUGAGUGGCUGCGACCCUGUCAUCUACUGGUUGGCCAACUAUGUGUGGGAUAUGCUUAACUACCUGGUGCCAGCCACAUGCUGUAUCAUUAUCCUUUUUGUGUUCGACCUCCCAGCGUACACCUCUCCCACCAACUUCCCUGCUGUCCUCUCACUCUUUCUACUCUAUGGCUGGUCCAUCACCCCCAUCAUGUAUCCUGCCUCCUUCUGGUUUGAAGUGCCCAGUUCUGCCUAUGUCUUCUUGAUAGUCAUCAACCUCUUCAUUGGUAUCACAGCCACCGUUGCCACGUUCCUGCUGCAGCUCUUUGAGCAUGACAAGGAUUUGAAGGUGGUGAACAGCUACUUGAAGAGCUGCUUCCUUGUAUUCCCUAACUACAACCUGGGCCAUGGUUUGAUGGAGAUGGCUUAUAAUGAGUACAUCAAUGAAUACUAUGCCAAGAUCGGGCAGUUUGAUAAAAUGAAGUCACCCUUUGAAUGGGACAUCGUGACACGUGGGUUGGUUGCCAUGACAAUUGAAGGCUUUGUCGGCUUCUUCAUCACCAUUAUGUGCCAGUACAACUUCUUCCGAAAACCACAGCGACUACCUGUCUCCACCAAGCCCAUUGAAGAUGAUAUUGAUGUGGCCAACGAGCGGCAUCGUGUCCUGCGUGGUGACGCUGAUAAUGACAUGCUGAAGAUUGAGAACCUCACCAAGGUGUACAAGUCUCGCAAGAUUGGGCGCAUCCUAGCCGUGGACCGGCUGUGCGUGGGCGUCCGACCUGGAGAGUGCUUUGGGCUGCUGGGUGUUAAUGGCGCAGGGAAGACGACCACCUUCAAGAUGCUUACGGGGGAUGAGAGCACCACGGGUGGAGAGGCCUUCGUUAAUGGGCACAGCAUCCUGAAAGAGCUCCUGCAGGUCCAGCAAAGCUUGGGCUAUUGCCCCCAAUUUGAUGCGCUCUUCGAUGAGCUGACAGCCCAGGAGCACCUGGAGCUCUACACCCGCCUGCGUGGUAUCCCAUGGAAGGACGAGGAGCGGGUGGUCAAGUGGGCACUGAAGAAGCUAGAGCUGACCAAAUAUGCCGACAAACCUGCCAGCACCUACAGUGGAGGCAACAAGAGGAAGCUGUCCACGGCCAUAGCACUGAUAGGCUACCCAUCCUUCAUCUUCCUGGACGAGCCCACGACAGGGAUGGACCCCAAGGCACGACGCUUCCUUUGGAACCUCAUCCUGGAUGUCAUCAAAACAGGCCGCUCCGUGGUGCUCACAUCCCACAGCAUGGAGGAGUGCGAGGCGCUUUGCACCCGCCUGGCCAUCAUGGUGAACGGGCGACUCAAAUGUCUCGGCAGCAUCCAGCACUUGAAAAACAGGUUUGGAGAUGGCUACAUGAUCACAGUGCGAACUAAGUCCAGCCUAAAUGUCAAGGAGGUGGUGAGAUUCUUCAAUCGCAACUUCCCUGAGGCCAUCCUCAAGGAGCGGCACCACACCAAGGUCCAGUACCAGCUCAAAUCAGACCAAAUCUCACUGGCACAGGUCUUCAGCAAGAUGGAGCAGGUGGUGGACGUGCUGGGCAUUGAGGACUAUUCUGUCAGCCAGACCACCCUGGACAAUGUCUUUGUGAAUUUUGCCAAAAAGCAAAGCGACAACCUGGAGCAACAGGAGACGAGCCCCAGCUGUGCCCUGCAGUCACCUCUGGAGCGAGUGCUCAGCCUGCUGCGUCCACGGGCAGCCCCCACAGAGCUUCGGGCCCUUGUGGUGGAGGAGCAGGAGGAUCUGGAGACCGAUGAUGAAGGCCUCAUCAGCUUUGAGGAGGAGAGGGCUCAGCUCUCAUUCAACACGGACACACUGUGCUGAGGACCCAAGGGGGGAACCAAGUCCCCCAGCUUUGAAGCCACCGAACUCUUUUCGCCUCUCCCCUCCUUUCACCCUCGUUGCACGGACGCAUCCAGCGGCUGUCUCCGCCUGCCCGGAGGGAGGCCAGGCCCUUCUGCCCGUGGCUGGAGGAGCGUGACAGGGAGGACAGACGUCGAAUGCAGUGCUAGCCUGUAUGGACCCCAGGAACUGUUGCCUGCUGGGCCGGCCUUCAUGUCCCCUUCAGCUAUGGGGCAGCGUCUUUGGAUGGCGCCAGGGGGCUGCCAUCCUCAGCCGAUUUGCCCAGCUGGUGCAUGCCAUGGACAAAGACUGUGAAGCAAAGGAUGUGGCUUGGAAUUGGUGCCAUGAGCCCUGCACGUCUUGUGGUGGGGAAGAGCACAGUGAGCGUUGCCUUUGGAUGCCCAUGUUUGUACCCACCCUGAGGAACUGCCAGCAGUGGGGACAUCUCUGCCCCACUGUCACUCCUGGAAGUCACUCCUGCCUGGAAGGUCAGAGAGGACAGAUUGCUGCUUUGUCCCUAUUUCCACCACCCCUUCAUGGCUUGGCACCUCAUCUGGCACCCUAUGGGCCUUAGGGGCACUGUACCAGCCAUCCCAGCACCAUGAGGGGCAGAAGCUGUGCUUUGUGCUUUACCUGUGUUUGUUUUCUGUCCCCGCCACUGCCCAUGGGAUGUCACCAGUGACCUUGAACCUGUGAGAGACGGGCAUCUUGGCCCUACCAGCCGCAUUCUACCCGGACACUUUUCUUUCAGGUAGAGCAGUCUGGACCCCCUGGACGUAGCCUGAGCCCGCAGGUGCCUCGUGGCCGUGGCUGCCUGCUACACGCUCUGUGCCAACCUGGCACCGCACAGUGCCUGGCUCUGUACCUUGCCCAGCGCCAGUGCCUAGCACCAGCUCUUGCCCACCCCAGCCUGGCUCUUUGUCCUGCACCUCUUCCUACUGCAGGGAGGCACCAACUACCUGGUCUGUUGCUGGGCACGUGGCUUCAUCCCUGAGGCUGGGUGCCAGCACCCUCCCGGAGGGGCACAUGGUGGGGCAGAGGGGCAUUUCACAGGGUAUUUCAUAUGCUGGCACCAGCUGUUUCUCCCCUCUGCCCCCAACCAUGUCCCUCCUCCCAGUGCCCCUCGCCUGCCCUCCUGCCUGGCGUCACUGCCCUUGUCCAUGUGCCCCGCUGAGGCCAUGCAGUGGGCACCAGGCAUUACCUUGCUGCUGUGCCACCUUUCUGGUGUCUUCCUCUUGCUUUUCUCCCUUGCCUCAGCAUUCAUCUCUUGGAGACUCAGCAUCUAUCCCAGUAUGGGAGCCACCUAUGCUGGUUUCCCUGUUGGUUUACUGGCAGCACCGGGAGAGCUACUCCUCCAGGAGGAUUUUUGAAGCUGGGCAUCGGGUGGCAUCAGCAGCAAAGGGCAGGACAGCCCAGAGGGCCCCACCAGCAGCCUGACCGGGGCGGGGUGGUACCCAGAUGAUACUGGAGAGAGAUGGACCAUGGUAGCCAGGGUAAUGCUCAUGUGUGCAGCCACCAGCAGCCCUUGCUGCCACGGCCUCAACUGGCAGUGCCGCCAGGGUCGGGCAGGAGGAGCACUCUUGCAGCCAUGUCCCCAGGCACCCUCUCAGACAGCAGUGCCCCUCCUUUCUGCAGAGGGUCCUGCUGCCUGCUUAGGGACUGGGGAUGGUGUGGAGGGGGAGGGGUACACUGAGCCAGUGCAGCUCUUGGGCUUGUGCCACCUCCCUGCCUGCUGCAGUUCUGCAGCCUGGAGCUGUGCCCAAUGCAGAGUCCUGCCCACUAAUGCCAACUGCCCACUCAGUGCACCUGGGCUUUUGCAGUGCCCUGGCGUGGCUUUGUCAAGUGUGUAGUCCUCCCUUCACCUCAAGCAUUGUCCACGCCCUGCAGGAGCGAGUUUACCAUCUGUGGGCACCUGCAGCAUCUUACUGCAGCUGGGCACUCGUGCCCUGCAUGGGCUGCCAGUGCCCAGAGCUUCGCUGCCUCUGUUCACGCGCUUGAGUCUCUUCACUCUGCUCAUUCUAGGGCUUGGAAAGGUGGGGACUGAAUGGGGGCUGUGGUGGCCCCUGCUGUACCAUGUCUCCCCCUGGCUAAUGCUCGCCAGUCCUUUAUGCCACGUGCUAUAGAUUGUGAUACAAUAUACAGUAUUUUCAAUAGGGGAAAACUGGGGGGGGGGGAAUAAGCUCUAUUUUCAGACCUUAUAUUUUUUAUGGCAUAGUGGAGACUGGCUGGUGCCCUGGCUGGUAUGGGUAAAGACAGCUAACUGAUGGUCCCCCUCACCUGGGGGGGGGGGGGCGGAAAGCAGUGCUUCUGCCCCUGUGCGCAGCAGGAGGAUGAGCCAGCUUUGCAUUGGUCCUCUACCACCAGGGAGAGGAAGGCUGGUGUUACCUGUGAGCCUCCUGGCGUGGCAUGGCUCAGCCCCCUGUCCAGCCAGCUGAGCCUCCCCCCCCCACCGCCACCACCACCCUGGGUGCCCACAUGAGGGUGCAGAGGUGGCUGAGCAUGGUGUCCCCCUGUGGGUGGGUGGCCCCACGAUGGUCCCCAACUCCCACAGGGUGCAGAUGCCAGCCUCAAUGCACCCAUUGGCAGAGCGAUGUCCCAGCUGGCCUGACCUGGAGGGGACCACGCUGUGCUCCCAGGGCCCUGGCACCUUGGCUGCUUUUAUGCCCACCACGUGGCAUGCCCGGGAGACGUGGUGUGCUGUGUGGCCAGCAGCCUGGCCCGGCUUCAGGGCUGGCCCGGGAGUGGGGCUGCCUUAGCCUCGGAGAUGCCCGGCGGGUGGCUGCAAUGAUGGAGUGCCUCGUGGUGGGGCUGGAAAGGGAAAGCGUUGCCUUGGGGCAGGGGGUGGCUGCUCUCUCCCAGCUCUGGUGCUGGGCGUGCUGCCUUAACACUAUUUGCUUUACAGAGUUUGGCCCCCGCUUGCUGCCUCGCCUCCGCUCUGCACUUCCUCAGCUGCCAGCGGGGCCCUGGGCUGCUCUAGCCAUGGGCACAGCAAGCCCUGCCAAGUACAGCCCUGGGCACUUGGGGGCAGGGAGUGGAGGGGGGGGGGGAACGCUCUGGGAG